CUUCUGUUUAGAUGUGACUUACUGUAAAUGGAGCCAUAUGUAGACAGUGUUUAUCUAAAGACAGUCUAACCACUUUAACAAGACAUACAAAUCUUUGCCCAGGGUAUUAUCUUUUGACAGCUCAGACAGCUCACAGACUUUUUUCUCUGAUCAGUUACAGGAAACUGUGAGUCAGCACAGGCAAAGCUGCCAGGAAUUCUUUAUGAAGGAGAAUCUUUAUGAACUGGUCCAUUAUGUAGACCCUGUAUUCAAAGCUAGGAAGAGGAUUUAACGAUCGAAAGGGAUGUUAGUUGAGAAUGAACAGUUCACGGUUCAUGUUUACAAGAGCUCUGUGCGAGAAGUGAGAGAAGUGAGAUGGAAAGUAAAUCGUGAGCGAGCUCAGACAUGCUGAUGAAGUGUGGACACACCCUGGUGUUAUUCAGGGCAGAAAAUGGAGGACAGCUGCAUGUGUUCUGGACCAGCAGGAGAAACAGUGGUUGCUAACGGCACGUCACCUCCGGCCAGUUUUGUUGCAUAAUAAGAAACCCAAGCAUAGUUUAAGACUCUGGAGGAAGUAGACUUCCAAUUCAAACAACAGUACUGCAGCUGAACUGCUGCUUAGGAAUUUUAGUGAGUGUCUAGCUCAUAAAAUCCAAACCUUCACACUUCCCGUGGUAGACGAGCGUUUCAUUGUGGCGCUCUGAACCAUUUUAUGUUGUCAGACCAUGUUCACCGUGUUUCUCUGGACAAUGUUGUUCUUUCAGCCAGCUGAGACGACGGCUCAAACUGUCCCGUAAAACCAUGGCACUGCUCAAAGUGGGCCGAACCACAGACUGUCAGAGGACCGAGCCUGGUUUAUUGGCCUCUCUACAUCUCGCAUUGGCGGACUAACCAGCACAGUGGCGCUCCUGUUCACGCAUCACUGAAACAUACUGGUCUCAAAGGAAUCCCGAUGAUCCUGUGCAGUCCGCUGAGCUUUGCAGUGCUGUGCUGCAUACUGUGGCUCGCUGCGCCUGCCUUCCUGCGCUCUGAAUUCAAGGUGGCCUACGUGACCGAGCGCAGCGUGUACAUGUGCACAUGUGCCCAGGAUCUGACCUUCUGUGAGAAGAUGAACUCCAGCGAGUUCAGCAACUGCAAGGAUCAAUCAUCUGUCCUGCACAGGGCCGAGAGUCCCAGCCCGGUUCACAGAAAGAAUCUGACGGUGUGGUACAGCUCGCCUCUUAACGUGGCCCUCCUGCUGAACAACUCUGAGGUGCAGCACCUGUCGCUGAUCCAGUGCAAGCCCGCCGCCGAGCAGCCCGUCCCGUUUGAGUACUUCACAGUGCAGCGCUUGGAGACUCUAACGGUCACCUAUCCCUUCUGGAAGCCUGGACAGAGCUAUAAAAUUAUCAUAGGCAAGGACAGGGAUGCCCCGUUCCACGAGGAGGCGAGGAUCGCUGUCAUUCAUACCUCUGUGCUGACCGGGAAAACAGAGCUGAAGUCCUACACAGUCCAAACCAACGUGGACCGCAGCGGAAUGAUGUCCUUCCCGAACAUUUUUAUGUCUCGCAAUGGGCUUUUGGAAAUGUCCAGGAUAUUUUUCACUUUUCUGUACUGAGAGGCGUUUUUUUUUUUCCCCCCAGGAAUUUAAAAGCUUCAUUGUAGUCACUAUAACACAAAUAGCUGCCGUGCAUAAUUAAGAAUGGAUAUGCUUAAUGUAUACAAUUACAUUAUACUUAUUGCAUACAUUGCAAACAUCAAAAUCGUUCAGAAUCACAAAUGAUAAUAAUACUGAACAAGAACAAGUUCAUUCUCUGAGGUUUGUAAUGUGGGCUUUGCACAUGCGCUGCUGUUUUACUGAGGAUUUAAUUCUCUUAAGAUGUUUGUAUUUACAAUAAAUAAAAUAGAAUACUAUUGAUUUUUUUUAUGUAUUUAUAUAAAUAAAAAAUGGCAAAGAAUUGUGUGAUGCUGUUGUUAAACAUUCUACCACCCUGCAGAAUCUGUUCCGCUUAGACAGAGAGGUAGUCUCUUAAUUUCUGUUCAAAAAAAGCAAAAGCAAACUUGAGAUAAGAACGCAUUUGCUGCAGCAAACAUGCUGUUUUAGCUUGUCUCUACAUGUCUUUUGCUCGUAUCUAAGCAUUCUGCAUCACAAGUGCAUCGCUGCACCAGGUGAGCUACUGAGCAAAUUUAAUAGAUCAGGAAAGCCAAUCAUUUGUGUGAAAAGGAAUAAAAG